UUGUGUGUGGCAGAGAAGAAAAAUGGUCAUCUUCCGAGUCAAGUUGCCAGCCUUCAUCAGUAUGAGGUCUCUGGUCCUUGCGGUCCUUUGGCUGCUGUGCUGUAACGCCGCUCGACUGGACAGAGGGCGUCCCAGACCUUUCAUAACCACAACACCAAACGUGACUCAUGCAGAAACCAAAGCAGCUGAGUGCAGCAGCUCCCCGGUGGAUUUCGUCUUUGUGAUCGACAGCUCUCGCAGCAUCCGACCAGAUGACUACGAGAAGGUCAAGACAUUUAUCCACAAACUGCUUCAGUUUUUGGAGAUCAGUCCUGACGCUACACGUGUUGGUCUGCUCCAAUAUGGCAGCGUGGUCCAAAAUGAGUUCUCCCUCAACGCAUACACCUCCAAAGCUGAGGUAGAGCGGGCGGUGAAGAACAUGGAGCAUCUGGCCACAGGCACCAUGACCGGUCUGGCUAUCCAGUACACCAUGGAGACGGCCUUCACUGAGGGCGAAGGAGCACGACCGGCACACCUGCACAUCCCUCGGAUCGCGAUGGUUGUGACCGACGGGAGGCCUCAGGACUCGGUGGAUGAGAUCGCGGCCCGAGCAAGACAGGCCGGCAUCCAGAUAUAUGCCAUCGGCGUGGGAAGAGUGGACUUGAGCACCCUGAAGGUCAUGGGGAGUGAGCCUCACGCCGAGCAUGUACACCUGGUGGCCAACUUUAGCCAGAUGGAGACGCUCCUCUCAGUGUUCCAGUCCAAACUCUGCGGAGGCACUGCACUGUGUGACUUGGUGGACCAUCGGUGCCAGCACACCUGUGUGAGCAGUCCCGCUUCCUACUGGUGCACGUGUAGAAAAGGUUUUGCCCUCAGUCCCGAUGGCAAGACAUGCAACGAAAUAGACUUGUGUGACCUGGUGGACCAUGGCUGUGAACACGACUGUGUCAGCAUUCUCGAGUCAUACGUGUGCAGGUGUAAGGGGGACUAUGUGCUUAAUCCAGAUGGCAAAACUUGCAGCAAACCUGAUCCGUGUGCUGAUUGGCAGCAUGGCUGUGAACACCAGUUUAUGAACACGGAGGAUUCAUGUGUUUGUAAAUGCAAAACCGGGUACAGACUCAGACCAGAUGGGAAAACGUGUCAUAAGAUUGAUCACUGCGCUGAAGAGAGACACGGCUGUGAACAAGAGUUCAUGAACACGGAGGACUCAUGUGUGUGUAAAUGCAGAAAAGGAUACACACUCAGACCUGAUGGAAAAACGUGCAAAAGGACUGACCACUGCGCUGAUGGGAAACACGGUUGUGAACAGGAAUCUGUCAGCACAGACGAUUCAUGUGUGUGCCAUUGCAGAGCAGGCUUCACACUGCAACCUGAUGGGAAAACAUGUCAGACCAUUGAAAAUGACAGUUACAUGACACAACGAGCAGGUAUGGACGUGUGCCAGAGAGUGGACCAUGGUUGUGAGCAUCUGUGUGUCAGCACCACUGACUCCUACGUGUGCAAAUGUAUGGAAGGAUUCAUUCUGGCUGACGACGGGAAGAGCUGCAAAAAACCAGAGUGUAGCGAAGGAAUCAUGGAUCUAGUUUUUGUGAUUGACGGCUCCAAGAGUCUGGGCCCUGACAACUUUGAGCUCGUCAAGCAGUUUGUAAACACAAUUGUGGACUCUUUGGACAUUUCUGAGAUGGGCACACAUGUGGGCCUUGUUCAGUACUCCACCAAAGUCCGCACAGAGUUCACAUUGGGGAAGUACAGUACAGCCCAGGACGUCAAGCAAGCUGUAACUGGGAUGCGGUACAUGGGGAAGGGAUCCAUGACUGGCUCAGCCCUGCGUCACAUGUUUGAGCACAGCUUUUCAGACAAAGAAGGCGCCAGGACUAACAUCCCACAUGUCUGCAUCGUGUUUACUGAUGGACGAUCUCACAAUGAUGUCUCCGAAUGGGCCAGUAAAGCCAAGAACUCUGGAGUCAUAAUUUAUGCUUUAGGUGUGGGCAAAGCAGUGGAACAGGAGCUGAGAGAUAUAGCGUCCGAGCCAGAUGACAAACAUGUUUACUACGCUGAGGACUUUGGAAAAAUGGAAGAAGUGACGAAAAGGCUCAAGUCCAGGAUCUGCAGUGACAAACCAGCCGAUGAAAACACAUGUCAGUGUGAGGACCUCAUACUGUUUCAGAGCCAGGUCAAUGAGAAGCUGAGGAUUCUGAUACAAAAUGUCGAAGCUAUGUCAAGGAGAUUGGAGCUUCUUGAGAAUCAACUUGUGCAAAAAUAAAACAUUACGAUGGAUCAUCGGAUUUCAGUCUUUAAAACAUGCUUUCCUCUGGAGCUGUUUAUUAAAUUUUGUAACCAGUGCGAUAUAUUUUUAACCAGGAUUGUUGUUAUGUUAUUAGAAUAAAUGGUUAUGCACAGCAGUUUUGGUUCUGUAAUCGUUGAUAUGGGGAGAAUUUUGGACAAUCCACCGAAAUAACCUUAAAUUUCAAUCUUUUUUCAACUCUAAAUCUAAAUCAAAUCACAUUUAUGCUAAUAUUAUGCGGACACUCAGCACCUUAUCGGAAUUUAGGUAAAAAAAAAAGUGUGUUUAAAAAAUAAACAAAAAAACACCCCCAGUCAUUGUAGAAAUAUCAUCAAAUACAGUGGUACCUCAACUUACGAGUACCUUAACUUACAAGUAAUUAGAGAUACAAGGUGUCUAUCGGCUUUAAUGCUUCAAAUUGCGAGCAUACCUUGAAGUAUGCGUAUUUUCGCUCUCAAUUGAAGUGAUAUUUGUAACAUGUAUGUGCCGUUACAACAAGAAAUCUUUUUUUUUCUUAAUUGUUGCUCUUUCUGCUUCAUUUACACAACAAGCAAACUUAAGUUUUGAUUAGACAGUUGAUGUGCGCUUCAGAGAUCGACAUCCUGCUCUUCAACCAUCAGAACUAAAAAAGUUAGUGUGAAGGAGACGAAGCACACGACCAAAUCAGAUAAACAAACCAUUAUGGUAAAUAAAUACCCUCGUAUUAACAGCCUACCAGACGAGUCAGCCUCGAUACAGAGUCAGUCUGCAUCACACUAUGCAGCGAGCCACAAACGACAAACAUUCAUCCAUAAAAAUAUUGCAAAGCUGCAGAACCUGUGUUUGAAUUUGCUGUAUUUAGUCCUGACUCAACAAACUGGAUGGUCGAACAUUA